GUGACAGCGCGUCUGACUGACUGGGAGGUCGCGCAAAGCUCGGAGAGGUACGGAGCAGCUCGUCUCAAUUCAGAUAAGAGCAUAUUUCAUUAUGGAAGUACGGUGGACUGUUCCUUUUUGAAGGGGAUUAUAGAAGAGGGAUCUGGCAACCGUGGAGAUGUGUCGUGUGUAACCUUUCCAGUUCCUGGUCGCCUUGAAACAACAUGGCGGUUGAACCCUGGAAUAAAGUGAACAUUCCGUGUCCAGGUGCUGCUGCGGCUUGUCGAAUCACUUUUAACACCAGGACAGCGGCUCUAGCGGAAGCUGUGGUGGAGCGGUGUGCGCGCGCGCUGAAGCUGCUGGACAGCCGCGUGCUGCACGCAGAGACGCGCGUGCUCCAGGAGCUGCUGUAUGUGCAGAACAGCAGGUUGAGGCAACACAAACCCUUCCGGGCCAUCAAGCAGGUUGACCAAUGCAUUAACCGUCUAAAGGAAAUGAAAUUUCAGGAAGCUUUGCAAGACCUGAAGGAUCUAUGCCCAAACCAAAUGCAGAGGACUGUGGGAGUUGAUGUGGGACAUUGCGAUGUCCCCAGUCAGCCCAUGCUGGAAUGGUUUUGUCUUAAACUGUUGGGAGCCUCCAGCCUCCUGUGUCGGACCCUGGACCAGUGCAUCAAAGCCUUCUCAUUGACAAGGCAGUAUCUUCGUUUGAUGGAGUUUAUUGUGUUGAACUUGGUGCUGAUGAGCAUGCUCAGUCGACUGUGGGUAUUUUUCAGAGGCAUCCUGAGAUCUCUGGUGCCUGUCUAUCAAGGCAUCAUGGAUCUGCUCCACGAGGUAGUGCAAUGUCGACCCAUGGCCUUCCUCACUGACAUUACCCUGCCUGGAGACCUGGCAGCAUUUCUGGGCCCCUCUUACUCUGACCUGCUCAAGGAGAGGAGUACACCAGAGCCCUUUAAGAUGAAGAAACCCAAAAAAACUCUUCUAGACAAGCUGUUUGAGGAGGGAAGUGAGGAAGAGGAUGAUGAUGAUGACGACGAUAACGACAGUCAGGUGAUGCAGAUGCUAGCCAGUGAGAAAAUGACAUCUAAUAUCGAUCUUGGGAGGGCCGUUUUGCGUCAAGGUCCACCUUGCUCUCGAUCUUCCUCAAAUUUGGACAUAAAGUCGAUGCUGAAGCAAACCUCCAAACAGUGUACAGCUGAAGUGUUCAUUAAGGCAGCAUCUCCUAGACAACCGAGUACCUCCAGCCUAGCUGUACCCAAUCGGAAGAGGAUAUUCUUGAAAAAGCUGAAGACGGCAUCCUCCGUUAAGGAUAUGGCUACACAUCUUGAAGAGAUGAUGUGCUGGUGUAGGAGGAGCAAGCUGCAUCAGGAACGCCGCUAUCUUGCCUUCACACUCCUCAGGUUCCAGAAGAUAAAGGCUUUGGAGCGUGAGGGAAUCAGUGUGCAGAAGACACUGAGGAGGCUUCAGGUGAGGGUUCACCAUGUGAUGCUUAAAGGAAUUUCCUUGGCAAGACCUUCCCUUUUUCUUCAGAAGAGGGCAAAAUGUUACUUCAGAACACGUUUUACUACACGUUUGAGACGUUAUGGAAGUGUCGUGAGCCGAGUUGGAAAAGUCAGAAUGCGCUCUCAAAUAGCCAAAGACCUUUUUAAUGUCAAAGCAAAAUCACACGGAUGCAGAAAGUACACGAAAGUUCCAUCUUUACGUAAAGACGUGAUGUCAGGAAGCAAUGUCUCAUUCAGUCAAAAAGAAAGCAAAACGAAGACCGAGACAAGGUCACUGGAAUCUAGCAGUGUGUACAAUAAUGAGAUCGAUGAUCUUUUUGCAUGCUUUGGCUUAUAGUGUUCUUAAUACAGAGAUGUAUGAUUAAACCAACACUACUGAAA